UAAUGACAUCUUGAAAAAUCAAACGUUGCAUGAAAGAAAUGCCCAUGUACAGGUGAGUCUAUGUGCAUUGAUUGGAACCGAGACAUCCUAAAGGUGGAAUUGGGAUUAGAUGAAGCAGAUAUCAUUGAUAUCCCAACAUUGUUUAAGCCAACUGACGCAACCCAUGUAGGAGCUUACUUUCCAGAUAUGGUGAACAUGAUAGUUCUUGGCAAGUACUUGGGAAUUCCAAAACCCUUUGGGCCGCUGAUCAAUGGAGAAUGUGCACUGGAAGCUGUAGUGCGCUCAGCAUUGGAACCACUUGGCCUGGAUUGUACCUUCAUUAACGAUUUCACCUCCUACCACAAGAAGGGCGGAGAAGUUCACUGUGGUUCCAAUGUUCGUCGCAAACCCUUUACUUUGAAGUGGUGGAACAUGGAGAUAUAAUCACCAGUUACAGUUCCCACAUGUAACAAGCAUUGCCUUAUUUUUUCUGCAGCUUUGGUAACGGUGUAACCUACUGGAAAGUCUAUUACCUAAUGGCUUGGAACCUGUGCUCAUACCUUCUCAGGACGUAGGAAGUUAUUUUGUCCAAUAGUCUAUAUCUCAAAGCAGUCCCAUCAGUCCUAAUCUCCCACUCAUUUAGUCAUACAGUAUGGAAACAGGCCCUUUGGCCCAACUAGCCCACACCGGCCAACCUAGCCCACACAGGCCAACAUCAUUUCUAUUAGGUUUUAUCACAUGGUCUGGAAAUUAAAUCAUCAGAGCUGCUGCUCUUUAUGCCAGCAUCUCAGCACCAAAAAUAAACAUUAGAGGGUGGAGUUUGACAGCACUCAGGAAAUUGAACAAGUCCUCUUUACAAUUUAGACUUUUGAGAUACAGUGUGGAAACAGGCCCUUCAGCCCACCAGGUCUGCACCGACCAGUGAUCACCCCGUACUCUAGCACUAUCCUUCAAUUUUACAAUUUUAUCAAAGCCAAUUAACCA